GCACUGGGAAGGGUUCCAGCCCACCCAUCGGGUAUAAAUGGGGCCGGGUGGCCGGGCAGGGGAGACGCUGCCUCAUUCCUGGGACAAAAGCAGGAGGCUACGCAGAAGUGAGAGCUCCACUCAGAGAUGGUGCGUGCUGGCGUGAGCCUGAAGGCCACUGUCCUCUGCCUCUUGGCCUGGGCUGGCCUGGCCACUGCGGACCGGGUGUACAUACACCCCUUCCACCUCCUCUUCCUCAGCAAGAGCAGCUGUGAGCAGCUGGAGAAAGCUGCUGCAGAGGUGCCCCGAGACCCGGCCUUCACGCCAGUCCCGAUUCAGGCCAAGACGUCCCCUGUAGAUGAGGAGGCCCUGCGUGAUCAGCUGGCUCUGGCCACUAGGAAGCUGGAGCGUGAGGACUCGCUGAGGGCCAAGGAUGUUGGGAUGCUGGCCAACUUCAUGGGCUUCCGCAUGUACAAGGCGCUGAAAGAGACGCGCAGCACGUCCGGCAGGGCCCUCCUCUCCCCGACGGCUCUCUUUGGCACCCUGGCCUCGUUCUACCUGGGGGCGUUGGACCCCACAGCCAGGAAGCUGCAGGUGUUCCUGGGUGUCCCCGAGGACCAGAACUGCACCUCCCGGCUAGAUGGGCACAAGGUCCUCUCGGCGCUGCAGACCAUCCAGGGCCUUCUGGUGGCCCAGGGCGGGGCUGGUGGCCAGGCCCGGCUGUUGCUGUCCACUGUGGUGGGCCGGUUCACGGCCCCCGGCCUGCGCCUGCAGCGGCCCUUCGUGCAGAGCCUGGGUCUCUUCGCCCCUGUCGUUCUCCCACGCUCCCUGGACAUGUCCACUGACCCAGACCUCGCCACCGAGAAGAUCAAUAGGUUCAUGCAGGCCGUGACGGGCUGGAAGAUGAACAGACCCCUGCGGGGACUUAGCGCAGACAGCACCCUGCUUUUCAACACCUACGUCCACUUCCAAGCGACAAUGAAGGGCUUCUCUCUGCUGGCCGCGCCCCGGGAGUUCUGGGUGGACAACGGCACCUCGGUGCUUGUGCACAUGCUCUCGGGCACCGGCACCUUCCGGCACUGGAGUGACGCCCAGAACAACUUCUCGGUGACGAGCGUGCCCCUGGGCCAGAGCGCCUGCCUGCUGCUGAUCCAGCCCCACGGCACCUCCGACCUGGGCCAGGCCGAGGCCCUCGCCUUCCAGCACGACUUCUCUUCCUGGAUGAAGACUCAGCCUCCGCGGGCCAUCCGUCUGACGCUGCCCCAGCUGGUGCUGCAAGGAUCCUACGACCUGCAGGACCUGCUCACCCAGGUCAAGCUGCCUACCCUGCUGGGCCCUGAGCAGAACCUGGGCAAAAUCAGCGAUGCCAACCUCAGAGUGGGAAAGGUGCUGAACAGUGUCCUUUUCGAGCUCAAAGCGGCCGGGGGAGAGCAGCCCACAGAGCCCGCCCUGCAGCCACAGGGGCCCAAGGCCCUGGAGGUGACCCUGAACAGCCCGUUCCUGUUCGCCGUCUAUGAGAAAGACACCACUGCCCUGCACUUCCUGGGCCGCGUGGUCAACCCGCAGAGCGCGGCGUGAGGCCGGGACCUCCCUGGAGACAGGCAGUGGCUGACAGACCUGGGUGGCCGUCCCGUGUCCCCACCUUUCCCGCUGCUGAGCCGACAGGGCCGAGGCGGCCGCUCCUCCCCAUGAGAGCGUCCUGUGCCAGGGGAGCAGCUGAGACCUACGGGCUGGGGGGUCGUGUGGAUGACAAAAAGGUGGGGUGCUGAGUGCAGGACAGACAUUGGGGAAGGAUUCUGAACCCCCCAACCUGCUUAGGUUACCAAGAGGGUUCCCUUCUUAAUUUGGAUUUUGAAAUUAAAAUACCUUUCCAUUGCUU